AUGCGGAAGCAUCAGCGCACAAGGAAGCACCGCCGAGCUCUGCGCAGACAGAGGACAGCCGAGGCAGCGCUCAAGGCUAACCGCCGGAUCGACGACAACCCGAAGGCGAAAGACCUUGAGAAGGAGCGCCUGAUCUCGCUUUUUGAGACCGCACUCUUCCUCGCUAAGUCCGAUGCGCCGAUCGAGAUGUACGUGGACCUCGUCCGACAUCUGGCGCAGUGUGGCACGCCCGGCUUCCCAAAGAGCGGUUAUGGCUCCUACUACACGAUGGAAGCUCUAGCUGCAGAGGAUGCGGCUAAGGCACUACCGGAGCUGAGCAUUAUCGACGCGGUUAUCCGCUCACUGGCGGAAGAUCUCGGCAGAUCUAAGCCCUACAACCACAAGUUCAAGGAGUUGCAAGAAGUCUUCACUCAUACCAACCUCGAGGUCCAGGGGAUCCAUUCCGUCCGCUGGUUAAGUCGCGGCGACGCAAUUGCACGUUUCGUCCGCGUUCUGCCUGCUGUGAUCGUGCUCCUCGAGGAGACGGACGCGACAAUGUACCAGCUGGUGACAUCGUUCAAAUUUCAGUUCUUCCUGUUCUUCCUGGCGGACGUGCACACGGCACUCAACGCGCUCAACCUGCUAUUCCAGAAACGUCAUGUUGACCUCACUGGAGUGCACUCCCAGGUGAGACGGACCAUCAUCUACAUCGAGCAGAGGUACCUGCACUGUGGCCAGCAGUUUGGCGGUUGGACCAGCGAGCUGCUGUCUGCAUUCCUCGCGCGGCACGCCUUGCCCGACUGCCGUGAAGUGACUAUGGAGGGGGUGGACAAGGAGGGUCAGCGACGGGUACACAAGUUUCAGCUGCACGAGGAAUCUGUGAAGGGGUACACCACCAGCAGCGGGGACAUGCAAGGAUGUUACACCUGCUGCCGCUCAUUCGCCCGCGAGCUGGUGUACAACCUCGAGCUGCGCUUGGGGGACCUGACGCGCUUGAACGGGGCGAAGCUCUUCAUGCCCCGUUCGUGGCCGAGGGGCGCCGAGGCAAGAGAUGCGGAGUGCAAGGAGCACCUGAGCGGCCUCGUGCAUCUCUUUCAGGCCAAGAACCGGGACACCAUCUUGCCUGGUGCCCAGAAGAAUGCAGCACGCGCUGAGCUGCGCACGUUUUUGCCGGUGCUCUCCACUGCCCCCAAGGAGGAGCAGCCCUUUCAUGCAGUCUGCUGGUCUCCAGAGGUGGCAGCAGGUGCGACACCUGAUAUUGCAGUAGGACGUGCAAUAUCAGGCCUGGCAGCAGGGGGAAGUGAAUUGCUUGCAAUGGUACAAGUGACAGAAGAUGUUCUAAUAGCGGUUGCGAGAGGUGUGGCGGCAGGUGAUGUGACUGCGGGUGCGACAGCCAACCAAGGUGUAGAACAGGGCUGCAGGUUGAGAAACGAACGCGGCCUACAUGCCAUGUUGCUCCUUUGCCUUUGCCACGGCCUCCACCCCCCUUCCCCUCCUUCCGCUGCCCUUCCUCCCCCUGCUCUCAAAUCUGCUGCUCUCCCUUCUUCUGGUCUCCACUCUGUUGCUCUCACUUGUACUGCCCUCCCUUCACCAGCUCUCCCUUCCUCUGCUCUCCCUUCACCAGCUCUCCCUUCCUCUGCUCUCCCUUCACCAGCUCUCCCUUCCUCUGCUCUCCCUUCACCAGCUCACCCUUCCUCUCCUCUCCCUUUCCUAACUCCACCUUCCCCUACCCCCUCAUCUCCUGCUCUCGCUUUCCAUCGUCUCUGCUCCUCCAUGGUCUUUCGUUUCCUCCCAUCCCCCUGCGGUCUUGGCUGUUGCCUACCGGACUCCGUCCCUCCACUCCCCUUUCUGACCUCCCUCCCACAGUCGCCCAUCUCACCAGACCCCCUCCCACCAGCCUCUUUCCCGCCUGUCCCCCUCCCACCAGUCCCUUUCCCACCACCGCUCCUCUCACCAUAG